GCUCGGCCGGCUCCACACCCCACCCGCCCCGCCCGCGCUCGGCCCCCACAGUCGCUGGGGGGUGGCCCGGAGGGUUGAGGUGCUCGUAGUGGAGCCCUGGCCCCCGGGCCGACGGAGCUGCACGGUGGUAGAUGGGGGUGUGGCCGUGGCCCCCGACUCUGCUCGGCGGGGCCGUUCCUGCCUUGCCAUGCGUGUGGGACUCCAGUGUGGAGGCAGGAGAGCGGGGCCCCGUAUGCUGCUUGCCCUGCUUGGGAAAGAGGCGGCUGCUGGAAAGGACCGAUCGGCGGGCACGCCAGCCCGGCCCACCCCUCGCCUCCGUGAGCUUCGUCUGUAAAACUGGGUUAAGAGCCUGUCGUGCUGUGGGGGGUUCCCAAGGAAGGGGGAGUUUCCUGUGCUGCGGGGCUGGGGAGAACUGGGGGUGCGGGUUCGUGCAUCCGGAGUCAUGCCGAAUGUCUCCUGCGGGGCCUGGCAGAGUCCCUGCUGACCCGUGUGUCCCAAGAUGUCCUACAGCUUAAAGCCACACGGUCCCCUUUGCCACGAACGUCCUGUCCCUUUGGCUGACUCUUCUCAUCCUUUAUGACUCGGUACAGAUGUGGGUCAGGCUUCUCAUCGCAGCGUGCUUUGGCCUAGUGUCGGUGGCCCUGACCCUGCUCCGGAAGUGUCUGCAGCGCAUCUGUGCCCCCCGCCCCUCCCCGGGCCCAGCUGUGUGCAGCUCCUGUCCUACCCAGCACAAGCACUCGACCCGGAUAGCUCCCAGUGUCGGGGUCCUGCUCAUCAAAUGCCUUCCAAUUGCACAGGUGCCUUUGGGGUCCUGCCUGGGCUGCAGCACCAGCCUGGCUUGAGGAAGGUCCUUGGUUUCUGGAAGCAGCAGUGACUGCAUACAGAUGCUCACCCAGCAGCUGUUUCCUCCGGGCAGCCUUUGUCCUCCCAUAGGGGAUUCACGUGUUUUUCAAGGGCUAACGGAAAUGCUGAGAUCUAAAGGCAUGUUUAUUCCUGCCAAGGCCUGACAAUGAACCUUCAAGUCAAAUUAGUAAGCUUUAUUAAUGACUACAAAGUUUAACAUUAUAUUGAGAAGCUACAACUCAAUGUUUUUGUCAUUGUAUAUAAAUUUUGUAAAGUUAAGAUCACAAAGACAAAGUAAUUUAUUCUGAUGAAACUCAGAAUUGUUAAAAUCCUUUCACUUUUUAAAUAGUACAUAUGUAUGGCCUGGUGACUGGCUUCCCCACGGAUGGCUGCUCUGUGUGGGGCUGCCAGACCCUCUGCUUUGAUUCUUGUACUUGGCCAGCCCAGGGUGGUGAACCUGUGGAAGGAGGGGGUAGACUGUGCCUGCCCUGGGGACGGGAGUGGUGAGGACAAAGGACAGUGCUCCAGCUGCCGUCUGAUUCUGAGUCACUGGAUGAAGGUGAGGUGUGUGUAUCUGCCUGGUGAGUGGGUGUGAAUCUCAGCCCGGAACCUAGACCUGCCCAAAUACCCAGGAGCUCCAAGAGCGGCCUGUGCCAGGCUUUGACCGUAAUUCGUGGACGCAAGUUCUGCGCUGUCAUUCAUGUGUCACCGUGUCAUGUCUUGGGCUAUCCCUAGUAUCCUCGCCUGUUGUUUUGCCUGCUUAGGACAUGUGUGUUUGAGGUUGUCUUGCCCUCUCAUAUAACAUGUGUCUCUUGCUAUCUCUUGCAUGACAUAUAUGUUCCAUAUAGGACCCUGAUUCUACCUUUCCCCUUCUGGAGAGACCACCCCAUCCUUGGCAGGUUGGGGGAGGGCAGGACUCUGUUCGGGGUCUAGAGAAACCUGGACCGUUUCAUCUGCACCACCAGCUCUCCUCUGUGGGAGCCUUUCUGGGUCUGGGGCUGGACCCCUGCCAACCCCAGGGAGCAUAGUCAGUGUCACACCUGGCCACUCCCCUGGCCAGGUGACCAGGCCUGUCCUUUCCUCUAAGACUGUGCCUGUGAGGGGCCAGACGCCUGUCUCCUGCGGGUCUCUGCGGGGUGCAUUGACCAUGCUCUCAGAGGAUGCCUGCUGAGACCAGAGCUCACAGGCCUAGCCUGGCAGCCGUAUUACUGAAUCAUGGCCAAGUUAGGAAAGUUCCGAGGGCUGGGGGUCCUGGGGCUUCUUGGAGGAGGUAGGACUGGAGCUGGCUGGGGUGGGGCAGGAUCCAUGCAAGGGGCCAGGAUCGUGCAUCGAGGCCAGGAUCUCUGCAUGGGGGCAAGAGUCUCUGCAGUGAGGACUUUUAGGAGGUGACAGAAUCUGUGCGGGGUGCGGAGUCUUUGCAGCGGGGCCAGGAUCUGUGCAGUGGGUGGGAUCUACAUUGGGAGUCAGUGUCUGUUCAAGGGAGUGGGGGGACAGGACCUGUCCAGGGAGAGCAGGAUCUGUACAGAGGGACCAAGAUCUAUGCAGGGGGAUAGCAUCUGUGUGGGGUGGGGGCACAGUCUGUGCCGGAGUUCGGGGGGACUAGAUCUUUGCAGGUGUGGUCAGGAUCUGCUCAAGGGGUAGGAUGUGUGCAGGGAGGCCAGGGUCUGCGCAGAGUGGCCAAGAUCUGUGCAGAGUGGCCAGCGUCUUUGCAGAGUGGCCAGGGUCUGUGCAGAGCGGCCAGGGUCUGUGCAGAGUGGCCAGGGUCUUUGCAAGGGGGCAGGAUCUUUGCAGGGGGAACAGGUUGUGUGCAGGCAGGUGCACAGGGUCAAUGCCGGGGGCAGGGUCUGUACCAGGGGCCAGGGUCUAUGUGGGUGGGGGGCAGGUUUUGUGCAGGGGGCCUAGGCUGUUCAGGGUGCCAGGGUCUGUGCAGGUGGUUUGCAGCAGGCACAAGGGAGGGAGGAGCUGUCCCGGGUUCUAUGGUUAUGAGCAUGUCAGGGCAGGAUGACACAGAACACACAGGUAGUUCAAGGGAACACAUUAUAAGACUGUGAACACCUGGACUGGGGAGGCCACGGCCUUCUGCUGGACACUGAACGGCUCCCACAAAGGGAGUUGAGGUCUCUAUUGACUCCUGAAAGGCCAGGCAAGGCAGAGCUGGGAACUGCCUUGGUGGGGGUGCAGGUGGCUGGUUGCUAUUGCUGGGUGAGAAGGCUUGGGGUCAAAAGAGGUGGGAGUCAGGGAGCUAGGUCAGACCUCAUCCCCCCUCCUUUCUUCCUGUCCUCCUUCUAUCCCCAAUGUGUUUUCCUCCCCCUUCUCCCCUCCUUUCUUAUCCAUCCUCCCUCUUGAUCUCUCCAUACUUCCUCCCCGCUCCUUUCCCUUUCCUCCUCCUCCCCAUCUCAACCCCUCAUCCUCCCCCUCUCUGGCUGUAGGGAGGAAGUUUUGGGGGUGACCCAGGUGGCAGGCAGACAUGCUGAGGGAGAGGUGUCUGCAGUAGCAGGGAUGAGGUGCCUGUGUCCCGCACUCUGCCCUGGCCUCUGACGCUGGUUCCUGGGCCGGGGACAUGAGGUGGGGCUCCUUUGUCCUUCCCUUACAAGGCCUCAGCUCUGCCCACCCUCAGUGCCUGCAAUGCCCAGGCUGGGUCCCAGGCUGGGAGGCAGGCUCAGGAAGCUGGGGUAGGAGGGUCUAGGGUCUCCCGCUCAGACCUUGGUGAGCCCAGCUGGGGUUGGGGACUGCAGGAGUCCAAGCCUGCCUGGAUUCCUGCCCCCUCUCGGCUCCUGAGGUCAGGGGGCUCAUCCUUGAGCUUUGCCUGGAAAGCGUGUUUGUGCAUGUGUGGGUCCUCUGGGUGUUGGAGGGCCUUGGCCUGUGUCUGCCUGUUCCCGAAGGUGUCUAUGCACACUCUAGGUCUACCCAUGUGCCUGUGUGCACCUUGGCGUCAUCUUGCACGUGUGUGGCCCGUGUGUUUGAUGUGUUUGUGCAUCCCUGUGAGUGUCUGCAUUUCUGAGUGUGUAACCGUGUCUCUGUGUGUUCACCCGUAUGCCUGUCUGGGCAUCUGUUUGUGUGUUUGCAGGAAUGUGUGUCCCCAUGUGUCCCUUGAGUGUCUCUGUUGACGUGCCCCGUGCCUUCACACGUGUCCCUGAGUCUUGGUUGCCAUGAAGAUGCAGGGAUAAGUCCUGGGGGACAGCGAGGGAGGCUGGGUCCUGGGGCAUCUGCCUGUUCCAUCCUCUCCUGAUUUGCCAGGUAUCCUAGCAACCCUGCUGCCAGUUGCCUAGCAACCAGGUCCCCACUCUUGGAGAAGGUGCUCUGAGGAGGGUCUGAGCUGUGUGGGGACAGGUCUGGUUCUCCUUCAAAGCUCGUGCAGGAAGUACGACCCUGUGACCGGGUGGGAGCUGGUGAUUCAGCUCAGGGGUCACCCAGACAGCCUUGACCUGUGACCUUUCAUCUCAGUGGAUCAGGCAUGGGACCCUGAGCUGAGAAGGAGGCACCUCUAAAGGAACCGUUCAGCUGUGUGGGUGCCAGGGGCCUGUCUGAGGGAGUGAUGCUCAGGCAUUGAUCUGGGACCCAGCUGUGGCAGAGGUGCCCUUGGCGUUUCAACCCUGUCUCUGACACUCUGACAGGCGGCCUCACACCUCUGAGGCUUCAUGCUCUAGCAGUGGCCGGGUACAGUGAGGUGACUGAGCUCCAGGAGCACACAGUAGGUGCUGGGCCAGUGCCGUGUCCUGGACCCAAGCAUCUUGCCUGCGUGUUUACAAUGAAGCUUUGAUCUGCCAAGAGCUGGCCAGGUGGGGGCAUUUUGGGGUGCUGGGAGCCCAACUGCAGGGUCCGGGCCAGUCUGUCCAAGGCUGUGUCUCUGUGUGAGUCGUGGCCCCGUGUCUGUGUGUCCAAGUCUGUGAACAUGUCUCCGUGUGUGUCUCCCUGAGACUCCAUCCCUGGGUGUGAGUCUGUGUGUCCUUGUGUGUGUCUCUCUGUCCUGUGUCUCUACUCCUGUGUCUGUGAACCCGUGGGCAUCUCUGUCCAUGUAUCCUGCGCUGUGUGUGCAUCUGGGGUCUGUGGGUCCGAGCCUCCUUGUUCAUCUCUGUCUGUGUGUCUGUCCCCUAUCAGUGUGGGGUCGGCGCAGCCCUGGGCACGGUGACCCACCUUUCCGCAGCCCCCCCACUCCUCCAGCCUGCGUAGCCCCUCCCCCUCUGGAGCUGCAGCCUCCUCCUCCUCCUCCUCCUCCCCCUCCCCUCUGCUUCAGGCUGCCGGGCUCACUCUGCUGCUGCGUCUGGUCUGGCGUCUGCUGAGAAGAUCCCGUACUGAGGCGAGUGGCGGCUGGGCCUCUUCUACCCUGCUCUGCACCUGUGCCAGACUGCCGGCUGGCUGAGGGUGGGGGUCUCCACGGUGGUCCCAGCUCCCAAGGAGGUUGCAGAGGUGCUGCACUGAGUGGAUUUGCAGGGCAGUGGCAUGGAGCCUCUCUUCCCGCCCCAUUCUGGGAGGUUAUCUCUGACAGCCACCUUCAGGGCAACCUGUCCCUCCUGAUCCCAACCACAGUCUGCUGCCUCCGCAUCUGCUGCUCAAUGCCAGUCACAGCGCCUUCCUGCCCCUCGGGCUCAAGGUCACCAUCGUGGGGCUCUACCUGGCCGUGUGUGUCGGGGGGCUCUGGGAACUGCCUCGUCAUGUACGUCAUCCUCAGGCAUACCAAAAUGAAGACAGCCACCAAUAUUUACAUCUUUAACCUGGCCCUGGCAGACACUCUGGUCCUGCUGACACUGCCCUUCCAGGGCACAGACAUCCUCCUGGGCUUCUGGCCGUUUGGGAAUGCCCUGUGCAAGACAGUCAUUGCCAUUGACUACUACAACAUGUUCACCAGCACCUUCACCCUCACUGCCAUGAGUGUGGAUCGCUACGUAGCCAUCUGCCACCCCAUCCGCGCCCUCGACGUCCGCACAUCCAGCAAAGCCCAGGCUGUCAAUGUGGCCAUCUGGGCCCUGGCCUCUGUUGUUGGUGUUCCUGUUGCCAUCAUGGGCUCGGCACAGGUCGAGGAUGAAGAGAUCGAGUGCCUGGUGGAGAUCCCUACCCCACAGGACUACUGGGGCCCUGUGUUUGCCGUCUGCAUCUUCCUCUUCUCCUUCAUCAUCCCCGUGCUCAUCAUCUCCGUCUGCUACAGCCUCAUGAUCCGGAGGCUCCGCGGAGUCCGCCUGCUCUCAGGCUCCCGGGAGAAGGACCGGAACUUGCGACGCAUCACUCGGCUGGUGCUGGUGGUGGUGGCUGUGUUCGUGGGCUGCUGGACGCCUGUCCAGGUCUUUGUGCUGGUCCAAGGGCUGGGAGUGCAGCCAGGCAGCGAGACUGCCGUGGCCAUUCUGCGCUUCUGCACAGCCCUGGGCUACGUCAACAGCUGCCUCAACCCCAUCCUCUAUGCCUUCCUGGAUGAGAACUUCAAGGCCUGCUUCCGCAAGUUCUGCUGUGCCUCUGCCCUGCGCCGGGAGAUGCAGGUGUCUGACCGUGUGCGCAGCAUUGCCAAAGACGUGGCCCUGGCCUGCAAGACCUCUGAGACGGUACCGCGGCCCGCGUGACUAGGCGUGGACCUGCCUAUGGUGCCCGUCAGCCCGCAGAGCCCAUCUACUCCCAACACGGAGCUCACACAGGUCACUGCUCUCUAGGCUGACACACCCUGAGCCCUGAGCAUCCAGAGCCUUGGAUGGGCUUUUCCCUGUGGGCCAGGGACACUUGGUCCCAGAGGAGGACCUAGUGACAUCAUGGGACAGGUCAGAGCAUUAGGGCUACCUCCAUGGCCCCAGACAGACUAAAGCUGCCCGCCUGGUGCAGGGUUGAGGUGACACAAAGACCUACCUGGAAGCAGCUGCCGUGCUGCUGGGCGGCCGUGACUGGAGCCCGUGCCCCUCCCUGCCUGUGCUUCACGUGACUCUUGACCUCUCUGCUGCUGUGUUGGCAGAACCCUGGGUGGGCGCACACCCGGAGGAGGAGCAGUGGCUGUGUCAUCCUGUGCACCCUACGUGCUGUGUGCUGUUUGCAUGGCAGGGCUCCAGCUGCCUUCAGCCCUGGGACGUCUCCUCAGGGCAGCUGGACAGGCUUGGCGCUGCCCGGGAAGCCCAACAGGCAGCAUUUCUUUGGGGUGGGGCUUGCCCUGAGCUUGGAGCUGCCACCAGGAGGACUUGCCUGUUCUGACUCCACCUGUGCAGCCAGGGCCACCCCAGGAGAGUGUCCAGGUGGGCUGGCUGUCCCUGGCUGCAGACCCCGAGCUGGUCCUGGGCCAGCCGCACCUCUGAAGGUUUCCUGUGUGCUGCACUGUGCAGGCCUCAUCCCUGACUGAGCUUGGCUCUGGGUCCAACCCCCAUUUCCCUUCAGGAGACCCACGGGAGGCCCUGGCCCAUUCCCUCCAGCAGUGCAAUGAACUGUCAUGCUGUGGACCGUCAGCCGAGCUCUGCUUCUCGGUGUGUGGCAGGUGUCUCAGGAGGAAGAUGCCGCGUGACCACGUGGGCAACCUGUUGUUCACAAAGUAGAGGCCUCGUUUUCCUGGUCUUGACUGCUGUUUGUAGCAGGGUGGGAGAGGAUUCUCUGGGGGUCUCCACAUCCUCCCAGGGCUCCUCUCACAGCCUCUCCUUUGCUUGAAGCUGGAGGUCAGUGGCCGUGCAGUGUUGUGGGGGAGCUGUGUUGCGGGGGAAGCUGUGUUGUGGGGGAAGCCGUGCAGCAGGAGAAGCCAGUGGCCACAGUGGAGUCCUGCUCUAGUGACGCCUGCUUCAUUUACAAGCCUCAAGAUGGCUCUGCGUAGGGCCUGAACUUGCCGCCCAACGAGAGGAUGGCUUCACAGCAGAGCCAGCAUGGGGGUGGGGCUUGCCAGGGCUUGCUUGAGCCAAACUGCAAGCGCUGUAGUGGCUGUGAGAACACUGUGGGGGUGGGAGGGGGUCUCUGUACCUCAGGGGAUGCCCUGCUGUGGUCACCCAGAGAAUCACCCUUCCUGGUCUACAGAUGGAAGCUGCAGGUUGCUGACUUUGCAGAUGCACUUCCUACAGACGAACUAUUAAAAGACCUGCAACAUUGUAAAAACUCAUUUUUUCCAUCAAGACCUUGGCCAGGUAACCUUAGGCUCCUGCCAAGAACAGGAAGUGAUGGCCGUCUCACCACAGAGCCUGGGCUGCUCCUCCAGCUCUGGGGAGUCUAGGCUGUGGGGACUGUCCCUGGGGAGGCCCGUGCUGUCUCCAUGACAUCUGUGGCAGGAGUCUCUGAGAACGGGAGCUGCCUAGCUACAGUGUUUUCUUGCCAAGGCUAAGUGUUUUGUGACUCUGUGCUGACGUAAUGUGCAUCUUCACGUAUUUAUGCAUGUGGCAAUCGUUACUUCCUGUGCACGCAGCCAGCCCUGGGUCUGUCUCUGGGGUAAUGAAAAAGGACCCUAAUAAACACCUGCUCACUGGCUGGGUA